AAGUAACUGUUAUUGUAAAAACGACGAACGACUCUGACAUCUGUAGAAAUAAAGUUUGUCUGCCACAGUUAAAAAAGUAUCGUCUGUCCAAGUGACAACAUGAUCGAUAACAUUUUUAAGAAAAACGAAUUUUAUGAAAUGACGGAAAUACCUGUGUUUUCACAAUUGCAAUAUGGAGUAAGGUAUAAAAUGGUCGAGUUAUCUUUUGCAAUCGUCAGUAUUCCCAAGUAUAAGGAAACAUGAAGAUUACUAUCAUUUUGCUGGCAAUUACCGUAUCCUGUGCAGUCGCUUUUCCUAGCGGUUUGAGCGACCUUGUAGGUAGUGUACCUAUUCUACGUGGUAUAUUUGGUGGCGGCGAUCAGAAGAAUCACGGCAAUAAUUGUAAUCAUGGCAAAGGUGGUAUCGACAAGCAUAAUUCACAGGUAUGUAUGUUUAAACAGUUCUUUCUAUCGAUAGGAGCUAUUUGGAGUGGAGGAGCAAGAGGCCAUGGAGGAGGAACUAAUGGAUAUAGUGGAGGAGGUAAUAAUGGAGCAGGAAAUACUGAAGGAGGUGGUAAUGGAGCAGGAUGUACUGGAAGAAAUGAUAACAAAGUAGGAAAUGCUGGAGCAGGAAGUACCGGGGCAGGAAAUGCUGGUGGUUCAGGUAAAACAAUUAGCAAUACCAUAUUGAAUGCAAAUGGCAUUGCUUCGAACAUAAUUAAAACUUGGUCCGGCAAAAAUGGAGCAUUAACAAGUGCUGCUUCUUCGGCUAUCGCGAAAGGUGGUGCGGGGAAGGCUGGCUCCAGCGCGGCAGCGACUGCAAAUGCUGCAGCAUCGUCAGUAUCACGCAGUAAUUCCGGUGGUAAAAAAUCAACGGACGACAACGAUGACGAUACAAAAUCAGGAAAGAAUAAUGAUAGUAACGGAAAAUCCGAAUCUUCAGCGAACGCUCAAGGAAACGCCGCGGCGGAAUCGGAAAGCAAUGGUAGAGGAAGAAACAGUAAGUCCAAUGCAGCAGCGAAUGCAAAUGCUAAUGCCGCAGCGGAAUCACGAAACAAAAACCACGGUAAAGGAUCGGACAAUUCAGAAGGAGAUGCGGAAGAAGACGGAUCAAAGGAUGCUGGAAAAGGAAAAUCGAAUGCGUCAGCGAAAGCAGGGAGCAACGCUGAGUCAAACAGCAACGAUAAUAAAGGUUCGUCAAGCGCGUCCGCGGACGCAAACGCGAACGCAUCUUCGAAAUCAGGUAAGAAUGGUAAAUUCGGAGAGAAUUCCUCGGGAGCUUCCGCGAAUGCAAACGCUGACGCAUCUGCGGAAUCGGGCAAGAAGGAUAAAUCUGGAAAUGGAUCGUCGAAUGCAUCGGCCGAUGCAAACGCCGAGGCAUCUACGAAGUCGGGCAAGAAGGGUAAAUCCGGGAAGGGUUCGUCAAACGCGUCGGCGAGCGCGGAAGCUGAGACAUCAGCUGAAUCGGAAGGUAAAAGUGGAUCGGGAAAGGGUUCAUCAAAAACAUCGGCAAACGCAAACGCAAAUGCUGAAGCAUCCGCGCAGUCAAAGAAGAAUGGUAAAUCCGGAAAAGAUUCGUCAAAUGCGUCAGCGGACGCAGACGCCGAAGCGUCUGCAGGAUCGGACGGAAAAAAUGGCUCCGGAAAAGGUUCGUCAAAUGCAUCAGCGAGUGGAGAUGCCGAAGCAUCCGCUGACUCGGAGAAGAAGGGUAAAGGAUCCGGAAAAGGAUCGUCGGAUGCAUCGGCCAAUGCAGACGCAAAUGCUGCUGCGGAAUCAGAGAGCGACGAUAAAUCCGGGAAAGGAUCAUCGAGUGCGUCAGCUAACGCGAACGCUUCUGCGAAAUCCGAAGGAAAAGGAAAAUCCGGAGGAAAGGGAAAAUCUGGAGCUUCGUCGGACGCUUCAGCGGCUGCGAGCGCUAACGCAUCUGCGGAAUCCGCAGGCAAAAAUGAAGGAAAGAGCACCUCGAGUGCCUCGUCCAACGCCAAAUCCUCUGCAUCUGGCUCGAAAGAUGACGAUUCUAAUGAUACAGCAGCGAGCGCGUUAGCGAAUGCGAAUUCUGCAGUAUCCGCAAUAGGAGAUAAAGUUAGUGCACUUGCGGGAAGUGCUGCGAAUGCAAAAACAGGUUUCAUAAAGUAA